AUGUUUGAGUUAGAAUCCACAAAAGAGCAGGCACAAAAGACAGCAAAGGUGGAGAUUCCUCAGAUUGAAGUCGAUAGAGUCCAUCGGGUCAGUCUAGAAAACUCAAGCGUCGGUGACUCAGUUAACUCGGUACACAUGGCACUAUAUAUGCUAAACACUUUCCUUCUUAUGUACGCACCCCAACAAGGAGAAAAGGAUAUUUUCCCGGCGGAAAAAUGGAAAAGGAUAAUUGUAUAUAUAUUUGCAAAAUGUUUGAGCAAAUAUAGAGAGAUAAAGCUAGAGAGAGAGAGGGAGAGAGAUAUCUCAUGUUUCCAAGGAUUGUUCACUUGUCCAGAAGCAUUUUCUCUGCUUCUCCACAACUUCUGUAUCUACCAUAUCUGUCCUCCUGGGCAUCAGUUUUUGCAGUUAGGAGCUACUGUAAUUGGCACUGAUGAACGUACAAUAUCUGUCGAUGAUUUGGCUGAUCAGAUUGCUGAGAUUCUUGACUAUUUCGGACUCGGUUCAGUGAUGUGCAUGGGUGUAACAGCUGGAGCUUAUAUUCUUUCCCUGUUUGCAAUAAAAUACACACAACGUGUAAUGGGUUUGAUUCUUGUUUCCCCUCUAUGUAGAGCUCCAUCCUGGUCGGAAUGGUUAUGUAACAAGGUGAUGUCAAAUUUACUAUACAUUUGUGGAAUGUGUGGUUUGGUGAAGGAAUUGCUGCUCAUGCGGUAUUUCGGCAAGGAAGUUCGUGGCAAUGCAGACGUCCCAGAAUCAGAUAUGGUUCAAUCAUGCAGAAGAUUAUUGGGCGAGAGGCAGAGCCCAAAUGUGCUGCGGUUUCUUGAAGCUAUUAAUGGGAGACCGGACAUUACCCAAGGCCUAAAGAAAUUAAAAUUUCGAUCUCUGAUAUUUGUUGGAGAAAACUCUCCGUUUCACUCAGAGGCUCUCCAUAUGACUUCAAAGCUAGAUCAGAGAUUCAGUGCCUUAGUCGAGGUUCGAGCAAGUGGUUCAAUGGUUACAGAAGAACAACCUGAUGCCAUGUCAAUACCAUUGGAAUAUUUCCUCAUGGGCUAUGGCUUUUACCGGCCAUCUCAGUUCAGUGUCAGCCCGAGAAGCCCCUUGAGCCCAACUAGUAUAUCGCCAGAGCUUUUCUCGCCAGAAAGCAUGGGCGUGAAGCUAAAACCUAUAAAAACCAGAAUUCCCGAGGAAGUGUGAGUAACAAAGUAUACAUGUGGCUUGUAGAUAAACGAGGACGGAUAAUUUGCAUGGAAAUAGAGAGGGAAAAGUUACACAGAGGGCAUGGUUAGUUUUUCCCUUUUUCAUUUGCAUCGUGGGUAGAGAUUAGUUUAAUUAUUUGUAAAUCUAUUGGAUUAAUAAACUAUUUUUUUAUGAAUAAAUCGGAAAGAAAAAUAAAAUGUGGGUGAAAUAUUUUCUUCCU